AAUCCCCAAAUCCACACAUAAUUGGGGUUCUCAACUUGCAGUCGCCAUCUCGCAUUCUCGCCGGAGAAAUUCAAAGGACACGCAGGUCAGUGAGGUCACGCACUCCCGCAGGCGCAACACUCCGUGUCUCCGUCCAGUCGUCCACCGGUUUCGCAGGUCUCCAAUCGCAAUUCGCAGCACUCCGUGUCUCCGUCCAGUCGUCCACCGGUUUCGCAGGCCGCAGCGACGUCGUAACUCAACAAGCCAACAACUUCCGUCCGACUACUUCGAGUAUUCGAGCAAUCCGCCGCUCGGCCAGUCCGUCCGCGGUCCGCCACCAGUCCAGCAGCUGUGCAGCGCAAACUCGAACUCCAGGCUGGGCCUUGAAAAACUUGUCAUUUGAUGGCAUGAUCUCUUAUACAUGCAUCUUUUUCCGGUUCUAUGGUGGCUUACUUUUGAUUCGAUGGACUCAAGUUCUAUAGAAUUUGAUACGUCUUGCUGAUUGCUGGUGGGUGAAUGAAUGGAGAAGCCGACUAUGCAAUCAAACCAUAGCCUCAAGAAUAGUGUGAGAUGUGCCCAUUGCGCCGGUCCACUAUCCAACGAGAUGGAGGCUAGCGAGUGGACAGUUCCACCUUUGAUAAGAGAUAGUUUUUCCAUGAUUGGUUCUGCUGUUGGUGGCACAGUAAGUGCAUUUUAUGGCUUCAACCAUGUGAUGCCUUUUGUUAGAAAGGGGAUUAAAGGUCCCAUGUGGCUACAUUUCCUUGUUGGAGCUCCACCUGUAAUUAUUUUCUCAUCAGCAUGUGCAGGAUUGGCUGGUGGUGCUGUUCCAGCAGCUGCACAACUUGCGUCAUCUUCUUAUCAUGCUGCACUCUCAUCUUCUUCAACAUUACACCCUCCAUCCACCACCCACGAGGAAAAGGAGAUCAAGUCUCGACCAUCCUCCACUCUAUAGCACGACCGAGCACUGGACUCUUCGGUCUCCUCCUGUCUAUCUUUCCUAUGCCACUCUCAGGGCAACCAUAAUGCGUCACGUAUCGUCAGUACGUCAUCUACUCCCUUUUGGAGAACUCAACAGCUCGUACACUAAUUAUGGUUA